UUCCUCAAAUUGAAGUCACAUUUGAGAUUGAUGCCAACGGUAUCAUGAAAGUAUCCGCUUCCGACAAGGGCACUGGUAAAUCCGAAUCAAUCACGAUCACCAAUGAUAAGGGACGUCUCAGUAAAGAAGAAAUCGAACGUAUGGUUGAAGAAGCCGAACAAUUUGCUGAGGAAGACAAGGUUCAGAAGGAACGUGUUGAAUCCAAGAACAAUCUCGAAAACUUCAUUUACACACUUAAAAGUCAAGUCUCGGAUGAAGGUGAGCUUGGAAAGAAACUUAACGCCGAAGAUAAGACCACCAUCAAAGACGCGGUUAAGAAAAGUCUGGAAUGGUUUGAUGAAAAUUCAAAUACUGCUACCAAAGAAGAUUUCGAUGAGAAACGAGAAGAACUACAAGCCAUCGUCAGUCCGAUCACGAGCAAACUAUACAGUGACAAUGAUGCUCCUCCGGAACCGGAAAAUGAAAAACCAAGUCAUGAAGAAUUAUAA